AUCUUACUUCACGUAAACAUACUGAUCGUUACUGAACAUAUGGGUUGUGGAAGCAGCUCUCAGCCUUUAAAGAAGGGUAAGCCAAUUAUUUAUUUUUGAAGUCUUUCUUUGCUAAAACGUCUUAAGCCAUUUAGAUUCUUAAAUUUCAGAGUUUUGUUUUGGUGAAUGUGGUAUUUUCACUGAGUUCGCCAUACAUGACAUCUUUACCCUAUGUCUUGUAAUUUCAGUUCUAAAGUUAUUAAACGAUAAUUAUUAUGGCACUAUAGUAAAUCAUUUUCAGUGCGUGCGGUCCAAUAAAUUGAUGGAUUAAAAAGAGAAUUACUUUUAAGGUCAAGUAAAACUUGAUUCAUUGUUAGAUCUUUAUCCCAAGCUUCGUUACUUCUACCUCUGUUGUCUUCUUGAGUAUCGUAGAGAUAUUCUUAAGUAGUCAAACAAGAAGCAAAUAAGCGCGUAAAACACUUAUCAUUACUCGACUUACUUCUUAAACUGGUGUUUUAGAGAUCUAUUCGGGGCAUUAUAAAGGUCUUAGCUUUUGGCUGGCAUGAGCUUGGCAUGGCUUCAGCGUGUGACGACUAGAUUAUUAGGAAUACAGUCGACUCUCUCUUAACGGACACCUCUUUAAGACGGACACCUCUGUAAAACGGACACCUAGUGUUGGUCCCUGCCUUUGGUUAUUCCAUUUAUUUGACAUGACUCUUAGUGCCGGUCCCAGAGGUGUCCGUCUUGGAGAGAGUUGACUGUAUUAGCCAAGGUCUCGAAAAGAGCAGCUAACUAUUUCAGGGAACUCACGAAAGAAAAAAAAAACAGUUGCCUUAAUGCCUUAAUUGUAUGACAAAAUAACUUGAAAGAUUAUAGAGGAAGAUUUUAAUAUCGUGCUCCGAUGCAAGAAACCGCAAAUCGUUCUAAUUUUACUGUUGGAUUGUUGAUUUGAUAAUGAUUAAACGUUCUAAUUAUUGAUUAGUGUGAUAUCUGGUCGGUGGAGGUUAUCGGAAGAACAAUAUUUAUUCUGGAAAUAACUGAAUUUACAACAACAAAUUUUGAAACACAUUAUAAAUUGACCAAUUCACCACACUUUCUCUUUACUUGGAAAAGCAAUAUUUGGCGCAUCAUAUUUAGUAUUUAAUUAUUUAUUAGCUGAUCAGGUAGCUUAUAAACUAGGGCUGUUCAAGCUGUGCGAUUUACUCGUUACAAGCCUCUCCAAGGGUUACUGAAGAUGUAACAGAUAACAGCUGGUAACCCCCGGAACGUAACCACUGUAACCAUGACAACCAUAAAAACAUCAACAAGAUUUCCUUUAUAUUGCCUGCUCAUAUAUAUCCGUCCAGAAUAGGAACAAAAAAAAAAAAAAAAAAUAUAUAUAUAUAUAUACAUUUAACAAUUAUUCCUCGAGCCCGAAUGGGUUCUGAGUCAAUAGCCCAUGAGGCCGAAGGCCGAAUAGGCUAUUGACUCAGAGGCCAUGAGGGCGAGAGGAAUAAUUGUUUUAGUAAAAUCCAACUUGUUGGUCAAAAAUUUCGAGACAAAACAACUUUCGCUAUCAAAAACGCGAUUCAGCCGCCAUUGUUUUGGUUUUCAAAGCCGGCGCUUUACGCUACUAAUGGGCUGUAACAUUUAGCCUAGUAGUAGCUCAACCAAUCAGAACGUAGCAUUGAUAAUAGAACCCUGACUAGUUGGCUUUUACUAAAUAUAUAAAUAUAUAUAUCGACUGUAGACAGCGUUUUUAAACAACUGCGUUUUCGGUGACCGUUAUGACUGGACUUGUGUGAACUGAAGCUAGUCUUGCAAGGCCGUUACGAAGUACAGUAAAACCCCGCAAUUAAGAACCUGGAUUUUUUUCCAAGUUAGCCUAAACAGGUUCUUAUAUAAAUGGUAGUUAGCAUAAGUUUAGGCUAUUUAGUUUCUUAAAUAGGUUUUUAUUUUCCGAAGAAAAAAAUACAAUAUAGUUAAGAGUAUUUAGUGGUUCAGCUUAUUCCUCAUAGUUACCGGUACGUAAAAAUUACCAUGAAAAGAGGAACUAAAGCUUGACCUCAAGAAUUUUGAAGUCUUUAAUACCUCAGAACAUAACAUGCAUUUAUUGUAAUUCCGUAAUUCCUUGCCUGUUGCAAUCAUCUCUUAAAGUUGAAUGUUGACUUAUCUUAUUUCCAAGUGUACAAAAUCUUUUUCGUAGAUUUUAAAAAAUAAGAACGUGUUUCAAAUAGCUUCAAAUUUUAGGUCAAACAGGUUUUUAUAUGGAGGGGGCUUAACUGGUAUAUUUUCGCCCAACAGAUUCUUAAAAUCUUAUAGGUUCUUGGUCGGGGGUUUUUCCGUAGCUUGCGAGCAGACGUGUCCUAUAUUUCCUUUGUUGAAGCGGAAAACGGACCUUUUCCCUCUAAUUUAGACACUGCUUAAAAACACACCGGCUCUUUUCGCAAGAUUGAAAUUUUCUUUCAAGGAAUUUCUGCGACAAAAACAAUGACCCACUCGGUUCACUGAAGUUGUAUUGUUCGACUACUUAAGUUCACAAGAGCUUAGAAACCGGAGACUCAUAUAUUCAAUUCCUCGUUGCUUUUAAAGUAGCAAUAAUCGUUUGAUACGUAUAAAAAUUGAGGCGAAUCAUUUCGACCAGUUACAAGUUAAAUAAGGUUUUAAGGAGAAUUUGACAUUUUAGAGCUAAAGAGAAAACAAGCAUAAAAACAUGUCAAUUUUUAGUGUUGAAAACCAGCAAUGAAUUUUAGUGAUUUGCAGGGUCUUUGGAUUCGUCAUGUUUUCUAAAACAAAAAGGACAGUACCAGACAGUUAAAGUAGCAUUAUGUUUAUUUUGACUAUUAAAUUGAUUUUUUUGUGUUUUCGUAGUAUUUCGUGAUAUUGCCAGCUUACCAACACUGAUCCAAACCGACCUUAAAUUUCUUUCAAAAAACGGUCACGCAGUUUGGCGGCAUGGAAUGUGUUCCUUUUCACUUCAAAUGACGUCAAAUUAUCCUUAACCUUUUGAACUGAAAUUGCCUUUCUUAUGACAAAAUAGCUAUUGUACUGGUUUUAACAAGGAGUUUUCAUUGUCAACAUAAGUAGUAGCGGAAAGCAGCAAUUCAGUGAGCAAUAUUCAGUUUUAAAGUGGGCCCUUGUUGAUGUCACGGACAUUCCUUUGAUGAACAAUUCUGUAAGAAAGAGUCAGUAGUUUUCAGUAAAAUUUUCACGCCUAGCUUGUGCCAGGUGUUCAGAUAAGGAGAGCGCGGCGUUCAGAUGGUGGGGAGCAAGUUAAAUCGUACGAGGGGAAAACGAGGGCAAAUGGGACCUCGGUUUUUCUUUCCUUUUGAAUUUUUGUUACUCGCUCUACUAUCUGAGCAGCUUAAACAGACUAUUUCACGCCACCCAAUUAUUCUGGUCUAGUUCCUUGCCUUUUGAUUAAGGGUAGGCUUGGAACCAUUGAGGUCUCGGUAAAAGAAAAUUUUAGUACAUUGCUCGAUUUUGUUUUUUUUGGAUUUUUGGCAUGAGUGGGUCCUAAAUUUUAUUUUGGCAGAAAAAGAAAAUCAGAAAGUGCUUUUUAACCCUUCUAAAAUGAGCCUUUUUCUGAGCUAACCAGCCAAGCGUGGACCUCGCGCUAAAUCUUUAGAGCUGAUUAUCUCUCACUCUAUUUUAGACGCAAAAGUCAAAAUUCUCCGACCUCCAGUCGGGACAGGUUUUAAGCUAUCGCUUUGAAACUUUCAGACAUGAUGGAUAAUGAUAUAGACUCAAAAAUAGUGUGAAGAAUUUUCCGAUUUUCCUUUGUAACUCAUUUUAUGUCAGUUUGUUUGCGUAAAUCGCAACCACGUUGAAAUGACGGUAUCGCAAUAGAGUAUGUUUGUUGUAGUCAACCUUCUAUCUAAAGGGGCUAUUGCUGUUAUAGGUCAAUUCUGUGCUGAAGUCGUUACCUAGUGCCUUCCAAUACACAAAAUGCUCCUGAAGAGUUGCGUUGAAGAUAUAAAACAAAUUUUAUUUGAGUUUCGCAGGCAUGCUGGAAUGGCGUGAAAACUUCAACUUUUCCAAGUUUUUAUUCAUUUCCACCCUUGCCAUCUGAGGCAGUCUGGACGACAGGAAGGGAAACUGCUAAGCCCUUAAAAAAUCCGACCUCAGCUAAGUAAUUUUCAAAUACGGAGUAACGAGCAUGCGCUAGACUGUGGAAAACAUAACCUACUUUUUGUCUGUUUGAACCCUCCCAGAAACUCGUGCCCUGUCCCAAGUGACAGUAGCGGCCCAACAACGAGCCGAAGCUGCGUAUAGGCGUCAGCGAAUGGCUCAAGAAAGAGCAGAACAGACUGCGGUUUGGCGAGCUGAGAUGGAAGUAGAGCGGGCUCGAAUGCUCAAGGAAAUGUCAGGUGGAGGUAGUAGGAGAUCGUCAUACUGUAAAGAACUGGAGGAUUUGAGAGAACGGGCUCCAGAAGGUAGGCUAUUUUGCAAAAAAAAUAUUUACAGUCCAAAAUAGUUAGAACAUUUGGUCGAUUCCCACCCCCUCCCCCUUCAUAAAGUUGAAAAUAGCUCAGACUUUCCCAAACGCAACUUGUUAUCAACACUGCAAAGGGACAAGGGAUCUACACUGUGCAGCUUAAAAAUAUCGUAUGUGUUCGAAGGUUUUUUGACCGGGGAUGUAGCAGUAACCCUCGGGUGUCUAAGAAGGGCUGGCCAUAAAAACGUAGACAGCUUCCUAAAACGGACAACUAGAGUUGGGUCUAUUGUCAACUCUCGCCUUGCUGACACCUUGCUGCUACGGACACCCCAACAGUAUCGACAGUCGUUUGACUAAAAAAAAUUCGUCCUAUUGCGGAAUCUCGCUACCACGGACUCUAAGUCACGAUCCAGAGGUUAUCGCAACAACGGGAGCUGAGUUUCUUUUGGAAAAUAUUCUUGUUUAUGUGUCACCGCGCAUGUCAAACGCUUCCUAUUCCGCGAUCCUUAUAAACUCCAUGAUGCAGGGCAGUAUCAUUAGUUGAAAGAGUUGUCAUAAGCGAGAGUAUUUCAUUUUGCAAGGUUCUGUAAUCUGUAAUCUCUUUUAUUGCAGUUUCUGAUCACCUGAAUGCUUAUCUUCCCGACUACAAAGUUAGGACCAAGAACGCACGCAAUUCUCUUCCGGUGAAUAGAUUCCCACAUUCGACUGUAAUAUCUGAAAGGCGAGGGUCUAGAGAUGAAAGAGAAAAGCGAGCAUAUUAUCGACAAAAGGAAAAGGAGGACGACAAAGACGGAAAUGACCAUCGAAGGCUCAGCACUGGUGAAAAAAUAGACCUGGAUUUCUUACGGACAAUAGCAAAUCGCUCGAGUCAAACUUCUCCAAGCAACGUUCAAAUUGUCACAGUAGAAGAGAGGUAUGGCGCUCAGUCCUCGAAUACUAAUACACAGGUGAUCGAAAAAGUGCCACUUCAAGAAAACGAUGGAAUGAGAUGCGAGGAAUCUAAGAAAAACGAGGAGGAAGCGAUUGCUGAAAAGGCAGAUGUUGGUAAAGAACACGUAUCUAACUACCCAGUUGAAAGUUACGCCGACGUUACACCGAAGGAAAACGAAAAUGCGUCGUCUACUUACGAGCAUUCACCGAUGGUUGAUGAUAAUACUGAGGAUGGUGACCAUAGUAACGUAGAAGGAUUACCAGAUACGGAUACUCAGAAUGUUAUGAAACGAUUCAAACAAGAAAAUGAUGAUAACAGUAUCAAAAGUGACGGUAACCAAAAAUUUAGUGAGAUUUCAGUGAGUUUUGACGAAGAGCUACCAAAAAAACAAGAAGGAAGAGAAAUUUUAGAGAAACAUGAAGGAGAGGAGGAAGUCGAAGAUUAUAAUCGAGAAAAACAGAGAUUAGGAGAUAAGGAAGACGAACAGGUACUAACGCCAGACCAAGACUCACAACAAAAUGAUGAAAAACAACAGCAGCCAGAAGAAAGAGAUAAUCAAAUUCUUGUAUGUGAAGAGCAAGUAGACAAGGACAAAGAAAGAAAGCACAUGGAAGAAACUAUUAUUGAGACAACUAUAGAAAAAUCAUCACCUUGUGGACAGCAUAACGUAACGGCACGGGAUGAGUAUACUCAGGGCUUAAGUUCAAGAAAUAAUAAUAACAUACGAAACAGUGAAGCACUAGGAUUAUGA